UUAACGAGAAUAUACUCUUUAAACAUGCUUUAUUAUAAUCCAAUAUUUAUUUUACUCCUACUACAAUCAUUAAUUUUCAUCAUUUUUAUUGAAACUAUUGAUGGUCGUUGUCACUGUUCUAGAGAAAAAGUUUUUGAUAGUAAUGUGAAUGAAGGUGUAUUCAAAAGCCCUGGAUACCCCUCUAGAUACUGUGAUUUUCUUGAUUGUAAAUGGAACAUUCAACCAGCAGAAAAUACCUUUGUUUAUGCGGAAUUCAAAACAUUUACAGAGCAACAAUACGACUUUUUGGAAACUAGAUGGAAUGGGUCAGAGUUAAUCCGAGUUAAACACGCGAGCCUCAGCGGCGAAUCCUUUGAUAAUGUGCCAAUAAAGCAUCUUCGUUUAUCAUCGGCAAUUAACGAUGGACUUCUUUUCCAUUUUAUUACAGACGAUACUACUAGCAAUUUCCGUGGAUUUGAAAUAAGCUUUUCUCGAAAAUCAGGAGAUAAAAUUGAAAGGUUUUCUUCAUUUAAUUCAUUUCCUUCAACGUUAACAAGUAAAACUGGAUCUGUGAGUGUAUUAAUUAGUGUAUUUGAUUUGUAUGAUAGGAAAGCUCCUUAUCAAAUUGAAUUUGUUGCUGUUAAAAAACAUUGUGACUGUUUCCCAAAUAAUUUAACACUUUGUCGAGUUCAUCCAUUGAAUUUACUCUCACCAGGCUUUCCAGAAUAUUGUCACAAUCUUAAUUGUUCUACUCAAAUUUCUUUAGAAAGUCCUCACAUUACAAGAGAAUAUGUGGAAAGUUUACAAAUUCAAUUUAACUCUUUCCAGACUGAAGUAGAAAAGGACCUUUUACAUUUAAAAAUACCUGACGUAACGAAAGAUAGCUUCAAUAUAUCGUAG